AUGGCGUCUGCCUGGGCGACCCUGCUGUUCCUCUCUGCAGCCGUCGCGACGGAGCUGAGACAUCGAGGCGCCGGACCCCUCUGCUCCUGUGACUGCUGCAGUGUGGCGCAGCGUCGUGCGGAUGAGCGGAAGAAUCAGAUGGGUCUGAAGUGCGCGCCCUCCGAGGGACACAGCAGGGAGUUGUGCAGCUCUUUGUGUCGGCCCUCUGAUGAGGCAGUUGGUUUCCUCGCCAAAGAUCGAUUGUUGGACUACAGCCGCUUCUGCUUCUAUGAUUGCAAGCCUCCGCAGGGGCAUCUGAGUGCCCUGGCUUCGCAGUGUCUUUCCUUGAAGGACUCGGAAUUGCAACAGGCGCUGGAUGCCGACGGAAAUGCCAUGGACCCCGCAUUCCUCUACGAAGCGCCCGCGGCGAUCAAGUUCCCUGUGGCGCUGGCCAAGGAUCCAGCAAAGGCAAAGGCAGUAGCGAAGAAGGCUCAUAAAGCCUUCAAAAAGUUGGAGAAUGGCACCGAGGACGUGGAAGAGCUAUGGGACUCGGACGUGGCCACGGAGAUUCCAGACGCCACCCAGGACCCCUUGGUGGCCGCCUCCGGCGCACGUCGCGCGGCGCAGCGCGCGGAGGAUGCGGCGGUGCGGGCCAAGAGGGCGGCGGAGAGGAGCAUUGAGGCCUUGAAGACGGGCCGCAACGACACCUGGAUGGCGGCCAUGUGGAAAGCCAAUGAGGCUUUGAACACGAUGAAGCGCAACGAUUUCAGGCAGGCCACGGCCGCGCAACGUCACGAUGCUCCGGUGCCGUGGAGAGUGCGGGCGGCCGAGGCUGCUCGAAGCGCUGCAGCACCUUACCUCGAGGCGCAGCAGCACUACACGCAGACCCUGCCGCAGCUGCACAAAGAAGCCGCCCUGGUGGCGCAGGAGGCGGCGGAGACGCUGCGCUUGGAAGCUGAAAAUCUGAAAGCAGAGGCGGUGGAGCUCCGCUCCCAGGGGGACCUGACGAAGGCGGAGAUCACGGAGCGCUUUGCCGCGGAGAAAAUGCGAGCGGCGGAGGCCAAGGAGGAUUCAGUGAAAGAUCACUUGGCAGCGGCCAAAGCAAGCGUAGAAAAGGCAGAAGAUGAGGGUUACCUGGAGCAUGCACAGGCUGGGACUUGGGCGGUGAAAAAGCUUGGCGAAGAAUGGCGCUUUGAGCGCUUGGAAAACUAUGCCACAUAG